AUGUGCAAGUUGCGUGUCACCGUAAAUCAUUUUUCAAAGCAUUAAACUAGAAACAUCUUUCAUUUCAAGAAAAUAAUAAUGGUGUAGUAAAUUGCGUUUAUUAUCAAGCCAAUCACGGGAUAACACGAUGUCAAAAUUCCAUAUGAUUUCAGAGAGGAUUGUAAAGUUAAACGUUGGCGGAACAUUUUACACAUCGACGAAAGCUACGCUGACAAAGGUCCAUGGUAGCUACCUGUGGCGCCUAUUUACCGGUGACGCGCCGUGUCCACGUGAUGAGAAGGGCAGUUACUUCAUUGACAGAGACGGGCCUACUUUUAGGCACAUCUUGAACUAUCUGCGUAGUGAAAGGUUGGCUGUGCCGUUCGGGUUUCGAGAAUUCGACCUUAUGAAAAUCGAAGCAGAUUACUACGGCCUGCCUGCGCUUGUGCAUGAAAUAGAAAUGACUCUGGCCUCAUUUAAGCGUAAGCGAAGACGUCGACCGAAUAGAAAGAAAACGAGCCAAAGUGUCAGUGAACUGAACAGUAUCCACGUUAAAAAUGGCGAUGUUUAUGGAUCAGAGGAAGAUUCCGAUUGGUUCUAUGACUAUGAAAGCGUAAAUGCCAUUGGUUGAAUUACUGAUAACAAAAACGCCAUUUUAAAAUAGCGGGACUUCUGUUAUGCUGGGUGUAUAUUUGUACAAAGGCCUAAUUCCAUAUUGGUCAUGGGAUACCAAGGCUGUGAAAACGGUUAUGGGUUUUGUUUACUUUCUCAUAAGUUCAUAACCAUUAUAAGCCUGUGCACAUGUGGUGUGAUUCAACACAGCAAUUGCCUGUCAGAUCUAAAUAAUCACUACCAGGCGUUAAAUGGAAACAGGCAUAUUGAUCUGUUCAGUCAGGGAAGCGGUGUGCGACAGAUGUUAGUGUAAAUGAUGUUGUUCAAUCUUUUUCUUUUCGCUGUUGAGCAACUGCAUUUGAAUUUGCUAAAGCCUGGCUCUCACUGUCACGACCCCGCCGCCCCCGACUUAUCGUAGAGGCAUUAAUUGUGAUAAAAGGGAAAUAUGGCGCCGAUCAUAUGUUUGUGUACGAACUAUUUUAAGGUGGGUAUAUAAAUAAAUAUAAUUGGACUUCAACGGGAAUAAGAUAAAACAGUGAUACUUGUACGAUUCGGGACGAUUUACAUGAUUGCUCAUAAUUAUAUAUAUAACAAUCAAAUCGUAUUGAAUCGUAGAAUAGACCUGUCCAUUCGUACUGAAUCGUCAUUAAAUUAAAUUCACGACCAACCACGAUCAACAACGAUUACCCACGAAAGGCCAAUAAUGCCAGGAAUAAUUUGGUAUUGGUUAGACAAUUACGUAGAGAUUGAACUAAGAGUGUGCUACGUUUUGAAAAAUGAAGCAAUUUGUUGCAGCACCACGACAGUCUUAAACAGUUCAAAUCGUUGUGGCUCUACCCGGGAUCAUACACGGCUCAUUACGGUUCACGCAGAUUUCGUCACAAUUCAUAAUGUGUGAAGAAUCACCACGAUUUUCGAUAUCGUUGGCAGUCGUAUUUAAAAUUGUGACAAUGAGAGCCAGGCUUCAGACAGAACCUAGAUAAGGAGAAUAUUGUAUGCUUAUUCAUUAAAUAAACUUUAUUUCCCUAGAAAAGUCUUCGAUUUUUUCAAACGCAGACUAAAUUUCAAGAUCGAUGUGUGUGUAUAUAACAUAUGUUACCUGUCUUAUGAUAAAGACGCUUGAGUCGCCCUAUGCAGCAUUAAAAUUAUUACUUCGACUGAAACCAGUGCAUAUCUGUGCUUUUUAUUAAAAGAUAAACAUUUUAUGAUGUAUCUUUAACAUUAUAUUUGACGGUGGGGCACCUUAUGUCACCGUACAGUAAAUAUGUAAGAUACAUCGUUAAAAGUCCUAUAAAAAUACAUUGACCAUAUUAGUCUGACGCUCCGUAUGUUUAUAAUUUACAUACAUGUAUGUAGUAAUCGAAGAGCGGGACGCAUGCAAAACAAUUAUUAACAUACAUGAACAGACGUCAGAUCCGAAAUAACAUACGUUAUAAUCAGUUAGGCACUAGAGAUAGAACAUAGAAGUACAUACUUUGUUAUCUGUAAUGU